UCUGUGAUGACUACGCAUUUUUUCCUUUUGGAGUUGGGAGGGAAAAUAAUUUGAGAUGGGAAAAUCCCCGACAUUUGCCGUGUUAGAAGCACUCACGGGGUCACGGGAAUGAGAAAAUCCUCCAGUGGACAUUUUUCAGCAGCUGAUGCAUUGCGUGGUGGUACCGGUCAGUCCAUCGUGAAUGGACGCUGGGCUGUUGAUCCUCCAGGUGAAUAUGAAACAGGAGGAACAAUGUUCACGUACACGCGCAACUGCAGAGAAACUCUCUCCACCCCGGGACCCACAAACUCAUUGCUGCAGCUUUAUAUCAUUUUCCACAAGGAGAAUCCAGGUGUGGAUUACGAGUACUACAUCCCCGUGAAGAAGGACACAGUGAGAGAGUGGGACGGAGGGAGCGCGUCUCUCCGAGAGACCGAAGCGGUGUUUUCUCCUGCAGGUGCUGUAGUAGUGUUAGAAGACUCCGCCCCUCCUCCUCCUAUUUCCACUCCCUCUUCGUCUGAUAGGUGGACACUGGAGAGGUCACACCCCCACAAUGCCGGGCCUAAUCGUAAUGCCAGGAUUCCUCCAAGGACUGACAUCCCACUGGAUAAUCAAGAUUCAACAUUCAAGAAGCUUUUAUUGUCAUUUCAACCACAUAUCUGACACAGUACAGAGUGAAAUGAAACAACGUUUCUCCAGGACCUGGUGCUACAGAAACAUACAACAUAAAGAUCAAACACAAAAAACAACACAGAGCUAGGACAGAAGUUUGUCUUAGCCACGUAAAGUGCACAGUGUGCAGCUAGGUGCAAACAGAACAACGACAAGACAGUGCAGAAAUAAUAAGUAGAAAAAGACCACAAAAAAAAACAGGACAUGUGCAAUGAAAUGUAAAUGAAAUGAAAUAAAAUGAGAUGAUGUACAACUCUGAGACCUGACAACAUGUAUUGUGCAGAAAUACAGUAGCAGCGCUUGAGGUAGUGCAAAAUAGAAAUAAACAUAAAUAUAAAUAUAGCAGCAGAUGAAAUAAACACAAGGGUUGAGGUAGUGCAAUAAGUAUUGAACAAUAUAAGUUAUGUGUGUGUGUCCACACAGGUGAGAGAUAGAGAGAGAGAGAGUGUGUGAGAGUGUGUGUGUGUGAGAGAGAGAGUGUUGUUCAGUUCAGUCCUGUGUGUGUGUGUGUGUGUGAGAGAGAGAGUGUUGUUCAGUUCAGUCCUGAGUGUGUGUGUGUGUGUGUGAGAGAGAGAGUUUUGUUCAGUUCAGUCCUGUGUGUGUGUGUGUGUGUGAGAGAGAGAGUGUUGUUCAGUUCAGUCCUGAGUGUGUGUGUGUGUGUGAGAGAGAGAGUGUUGUUCAGUUCAGUCCUGAGUGUGUGUGUGUGUGUGAGAGAGAGAGAGUGUUGUUCAGUUCAGUCCUGUGUGUGUGUGUGUGAGAGAGAGAGUUUUGUUCAGUUCAGUCCUGUGUGUGUGUGUGUGAGAGAGAGAGUUUUGUUCAGUUCAGUCCUGUGUGUGUGUGUGUGAGAGAGAGAGUGUUGUUCAGUUCAGUCCUGAGUGUGUGUGUGUGUGUGAGAGAGAGAGAGUUUUGUUCAGUUCAGUCCUGAGUGUGUGUGUGUGUGUGUGUG